CGUAAAACACCAAAACCAAGUCAAAAACAAACCCAAUUGGCAUUAACGUGUUUUCUACAUUCCAAACGGCCCUUAAAGAAGGCUGAGGCUUCAUCACCACCCCAUCUGCCCCUACUUCUCUUUUCCAGGAAUUCUCAAUCCUCAUAACCAUCCUAUAUAUAUCCUCUCCAAAAAAAGAAAAAAAAAAACUUUGAAAAGAACCAUUUUUUGGGGGAAUUCUUGAUGCUAGUCGGUGGCCGUCUCUUGUCUUGAAGAGAUGUGUCCUCUAAGGUUCAUCCUGGUUUUUUUCUCAGCAAUAUUGGCUGGAUAUUUCGCAUGGAGGACUGUUCGUUCAUUCCCAGAUACGGACAUGUUGACUUUAGAGGGAUCACCAAUAGAGAAAACAUCAUCCAAAGACAAACAAGAACUUGAUUUGAAAAAGAUGAUUCAAAACGGCUUCUGGGUAUUUGUUGACAUGGCCAGCGGGAGGUACUUGUGGAGGAAUCUUAGAGAGAUGAAGAAAGAUGUUUAUGUCAAGAGCUCCUAGAUUCAAUUUGUUUUUGUAUGAAAUCAAUGUACCUGACAAAAUUGUGUGGUUUUCUUUUCUUUUCUUUUCUUCUGCUUGAUGUACAUUACAAACAAUCGAGGAGGAAUGUAUUUUCUAGGAUUCUAGAUUCAAUCUGCUUAUUUUUUUGGAUUAUUUACAUGAAAACAUCUAAA